AAAUUUAUAGUCUUUGUUAUUGCGAAUUGUGAAGUUGAGAUUCAGUGUUUAUUUGUUGCUUUGAAUUGUAUUCAGAGCUACAAAAUUUCGACAAUGACUUCAAGAAAGCGUUGCUACAAUGGAUUAAAACAUGCAAAACAACAUAUGAUAUUUUUUCAUUUUAUUCGGCGUACUUUGUGGAUUUUUACUCGGUGCUUUAUUACAUGGCAAUGUUCAGUCGUCCAUAGAUCCAACACCGAAGGAAUAUGCAAUGUACGUGUCGUUUCUUGGUGAGAUUUGGGUGAGAGCAUUAAGACUUUUGGUUCUUCCUUUGAUUGUAUCAAGCUUGCUUUUGGCAGUCGCUGAAUUGGAGUCAAAACAAAGCGGAAAAUUGGGAAGAAGAACAUUGCUGUAUUAUCUUAUGACUACAAUGUUUGGGGAGUAAAUUGUUUAUUUGCAUUUAACCUGGAAAUGUUAACGUGAAAGAACCAGAACCGAACGAAGAAAAAGUUGAACCAAUACAUUCUGUGCUUGAUCUUACAAGAUAAAUCCCAUUUCACCACCUACCUAUGUUGUCAUGACAACAACAGUGAAUCGAGAAGAAGGUUUGAAAGCUUUGGAAACAUAUAUCAAAGCCAUUGAAGAAGUCAUUAUGAACAAGAAAGGAACAUUUGUUUUACAACAAGCUCCAAAGGUUGUCACAGAUAUGGAUAAAGCAGACUUUGCAAAGCAACUGGAAAGACUUGAACAUCAAAAUGCAGAAGUUGAUGGUGAUGAUGAUUAUCCUGAUGAUGAAGAAGAACAAGAUGAAGCAAAAAUGAUUGUGGUUUGUUUUAAAACUUGCUGUGUUUUAUUUUUAUCAUACACGACCUGCGGUUGCCUUGAACAACAAUUUGUUUAACUUCAAACUCCAUUCAAACCCUAUACAUUACAAAUAUCAAUUAUUUUCUAUUGACGAUCCAAAAUAGAUAUUUCAUUGUCAGUAUUUCGCGAGGCAGUUUUUGAAGGUCCCCUGUUGGGGUUAAACUGCAGCUCUGAAUAUGUAGUUUGUGUUGAAUAGGACAUUCUUCAUCGUGAAACUAUUGUAAUGCCAAGUCGUUGAAAUGAAAGCAUAUUUAGAAAGGAGAUCAUUAAAUUUCAUAUUGCUAACAAA